AUGAAUAUUUCAAAUCAAAAUUCAUUGAGUGGCUUAUUAUCAUCCGAAUGGGAGGAACUUAUAAUAGAAAAAAAAGUUGACUUUUUUAAUAACAACUUAGAAAGGCUUGAGAAAAUAAAAAUUCAAAUUAAAUUUACCUAAGAUCAUUAAAUUAUAUAUUAUAAAGAUGGAGCAAUUCUGAGAGUGUAAAUAUUAUUUAUAUGAUAAAAAAGAGAAUAUUUUCAUUCACGAAAGAAUCCGGAUAUAUUUAAUAAUAUGGAACAAAUCCAAAAUCUUUCAUGGUAAGGUUAAUAUAAUUAGAAAAAAAAGAAGGAUGGCAAAUGGAUUGCUUUUUGGGAUGGAAAUAUUCUAAAAGAUGUUUUUGGAUAUUAUAAGAACGGCUAAAAGUAAGGGUUAUGGAAAUAUUUAUUCAAAAAUUAUAGGAAGUAAGUUAUCUACAUUUCUUGUUAUAUUUAGAAAGGAUCAGAUUUUUGAAACAGGGGAAUACUUGAAUGAUUUUAGAAUAGGAAAAUGGAAUUAUUUGUAUAAUAAUGAGAACAUGUAUUUAUUGUUAGAAUAUUUAGAGGUGGUGGGUUAUACAAUUUUAAAGGGGAAAAGAUUGGUAACUGGAUUGUUUUGGAUGAAGGGUUUUUUUAUUUUGCCUAAGUCACAUAUCAUGGAGAGUAUAAUAUGAAAGGUGUGAAGGUGGGUAAAUGGGAUAUUAGUUAUUGUGAUUGUGGAUAGAACAAAUAUAAAAUAAUGUAAAUAUUAUAAAAGCAUAGGUGCAAAUUACUUUAGUGGUGGUGGAUCAUAUGGUUAGGAAUAGAUUAAGAUUGGAAGAUGGGUAGAGUUGUUGGAGGGAUUUAAUAGAGAUUUUUUAAUCACUUAUAAUGGUGUAUAUAAUAUGAAAGGUAUGAAAAUUGGUAGAUGGGAUAUUUGUUAUAAAUAGUACGAUGAGCAUGAAGAUGGAAAUGAAGAAGCAGAGUAUGAAUUAAUGUAAAUAUUAUAAAAUUAUUGGUGAUAAUAAUAUGUUAGUGGUGGUGGAUCAUAUGAUUAAGGAGUGGGUGAUAUUAAGAUUGGGAGGUGGGUAGAGUUAUUGAAGGGCUUUAAUAGAGAUGCCUAAGUUACUUAUAAUGGUGAAUAUAAUUUCAAAGGUAUGAAGAUAGGUAGAUGGGAUAUUUGGUUAGAUUGGGAAGGAAAUAGAUAAAUGUAAAUAAAAUAUAAGUCUAGUCAAUAAUAUCUUAGUAUUGGUGGUUCAUAUCGUUAUGAAGAGGAUUAGAUUAAGAUUGGGAAGUGGGUGGAAUUGGAUGAGAAAUUUUACUGGAAUAAUCCUGUCACUUAUAAUGGAGAAUAUAAUAUGAAAGGUAUGAAAAUCGGUACGUGGGUUACAAUGGAUGUAAGAGAAGGGUAUGAGUAUACUCGUAAAGAAAUAAAAUACGAUAGUUGAAUUAUAUUUUAUACAAAAAUGUAAAAAUUUAAAUAUAAAGAAAAUGACAUGAAAUAAGUUAAUAUUUUAUUUACUGUUUACUUGAUGGGUA